GCCGAAUGGCUGAAUACAUACCAUCGGUCGUCUGUGACAAAAAACUAAUGACAAUGUUACCGCCAAUUUAACCUAAACCGUUCGUUGGACAGAACGCCUUCAUCUUUUGUAUUUUCUCGUGAAGACGUCAAAAAAUCAACUGGACUUGUAGGUUUGUACGUCAACCGUCGGUAUACAAUAAACUUUCAAGUGUUUUUUGGUUUUACGAUUUCUCGUCGGAAUCGUUGUUUUAUUUUUAUCAUACCCACUAUUGCGUCACAUUUUCUUUUUGCGUAUACAAUCUCAGUACCGGACGUAAUAGAUUAUCUCAUUCGGCCGAAUCAAAAGCACAUGGUCUUGACAGACCAGCGAAAACGAAAGCAUAUCGUUAUUAACCGACCAUAAUAUAAUUGUAUGAUAUAAGUUUGUCGAAUACGUUGCGUUUUCCAUACAAUACCGUUUCAGUACGCUGUCGAGUUUGGCGACGAAUCAUAUAAUUUAAUAUAAUCGUGUCAUCUCAUUCAACAUGUUUUUGGUAUCAGUAAAGAAGUCUGCAAAGGAAAUGGAAAUGCUGAGCGACUACGAACGCGAGAGACUUAAGAACAUAGCGGAAAUAGAACUUCAGUUGGCUGAUCCAUUAGAUACUAUACAAAAGACAGCUAAUGAGUUGAAAUCCUCUAACAUUAAUGCUACUAAUAGUAAACGUACUAAAGGAAAAAAGCGCAAAUCCAAUUCUGAUACUGACAAAUCUAAUACUGUAAAUUUUGUGAGACGUUCAUCUCGUAUUAUUCAAGAAAAACGACAAUCAACAAAUUAUAAUGAACAAAGUGAUGAUGAAAAUGAUAAGAAAAAACUCAAACAAGGAUCAUUAAAAAUCAAAUUUCGUUGGUUUAAGUCAAGUGAAUAUCAAAAAUCAGAUGAAUUGUACUAUAGUUCACUUGCUGAUAGCGAUUUUAUUAAUGAUGAUGAAGAAGAAUACGGAUCUGACUAUGAGUUAUCUGUACCUGGAUCAAAAAGGAAACGUAAAGCACAUGUACCUCGUUUGGCUGUCUCUCAAGUAACACAAGAAAUGAUAGAAAAUAUUUCAUAUUCUUCAUCAGGAAAAGUAUAUAGUCAAUCUGGUACAACUUGUCACCAAUGCAGGCAGAAAACUGCAGAUCAGAAAUCAUAUUGUCGGUACAAGGGAUGUAGUGGUGUGCGUGGAAAUUUUUGUGGAUUUUGCUUGGGAAGAAGAUAUGGGGAAAAUGUUGCAAACGUUUUAGUUAACCCGAAAUGGGCCUGUCCACCAUGCCGUGGGUAUUGUAACUGUAGCAUUUGCAGACGAAGAAAAGGAAUGGCUCCAACUGGUCAAUUGGCACAACAGGCUUUGGCAGGCGGAUAUGAAUCGGUUAGGCAUAUGUUAUGUAGCAUAGAGGGUGAGAAUCCAGAUGUUAUGGACUUGGAAUUUGAUGAUGAAGAUAAUCAAAAUGGACCAGAUAAAAAUAAUAUCACUAAGGGUAGCUUGGAGAACGAACAAAACAAUCUUGAAACUCAACAUGACAAUGACAAUGUGUCAGAUGAAGUUAAAUGCAGUGACAGUGAUGAGCCAUGCAACUCUGCUAAUCAUAAAGAUAAAUGUGGAAUUGAAAAUAAAGAUACACAUGAAAUGAUUAUUGACAAACUUUAUAAGCAAUUAUUAUCAGAAGAUUAAUUAAACAGCCAAAAUAUUAAUCCAAAGAAAACACAGGGUAAUGAAAUAAAAAUAAAUUUAUUUACCCAACCUCUUUCAUAAAAUAGUUUUUAUUUUCAACAGUAUUAUUAAUUUAAUUUCAUAUUUAUU